AUGACACCUAUCCACACCCCCAAGGCCGCUGCUGCCGAGACACCUUUAUCAUCAUCGUCAUCAUCACCGACACCAACAUCAGCUGUAUCGCCCACACAGGAAGAUAUUAUAAAACUCGACGACAAUGAUGACGACUACACCUUCUACAUGGACAACAGCCCCUGUCAAGUCUCCAAAACCGCCCAAAACAGCGAACUCGCAGGAGAAGAAGACGACGACGACGACAAAGAAGACGAAGAGGCAACCAUAUCGACAGUCUAUCCUCACAAGACCAAUAGCAGCAGCUCGCUGGCGACUGUUGCUGAAAGCGCCAUGGAGAAGCUCGUCGGUAUCGCCAUGAUGGUUCCCGAUGCCCUCAUUACCGCCGACGACGAUAAAGACGACAAUAGCCUCCGUCAGUACCGCGACUCUCGCCACCCUCCGGAACAUGCCGAGAGUGAAGUCUACCUAGAGGAUAAUGAGUUGGAGACAGGGGGCCAUGCGACCAAUGUACAACAACAAGAUCAGCCGGCACAACUGACGAAUCAAGGCAAUACAGCACUGUCAGCAGAGUCAACAACAACAACAACAACAACAACAACAACAACAACAACAACAACAAAAGACGAGAGCGCCGACAUCCCUGCCUCACUCGCCACUUCCUCGUCUGCCUCUUCCAUCAUCAGCGCAGACUCGAAUUCUUCGUCUGACACCCAGACCAUUGGCGCCUCAAAGGACAUCUUGACGGAGGGUCAGGCAUUUGCCUAUGUGGGACUGUGCUUGGUGACCUCCAACACGUUGUUCCAGGCACUCGAGGGGACUGAGACUGCCCACGCCAAGCAAUCCCUCGAGAGCUUUGUCUCCAAGCUCAUCAACCGCCUCUACAAACAUCUCGACAUCGAUGCCAACACCCAACGGACCAUUGCGCAAUUGCCCCAAAUGAUGCUUCAGCCAGAGGACUUGCUGGAAUCGUUUGUUGCCGACGGAACACAAAGGGUUGUAUCAUCCCAGCAGGUGGAUCAGGCUGGCCUAUCCAUCAGCCGCUCUUCAACCUCGACAACCUCCCUCCACUCCCGCAGCCCCUCCAGCUCAAGUCUCAAUGGUAUCUACAAGGCCCAGCAGCCACCACAGGAAACGACCAAUGGGACGCCCGUUGUCGGAUACGACAGCAGCACCGGCAGUGUAUCAGCAACUUCAACUUCUCCUAUCGCAAGCGUACCUCGGGAAUCUAUUUCGUCGCAGAUGAGCAUGCCCUCUCUUUGCGCCGCCCCACAAGAAACGUUGUCGACAGAGCCGACGCUUGUGGAGGAAAACCAAACAGUGGAGCCUACAACGACUGCAUUGAGCCAGUCAACGACGCUUGUUGAUGAGUUUCCUUUUGCCCCAACGACAACAGCACGGGUAUCAACGAGCAACCAAAAGGCUAUUACCGUCGACUUGCGCUGGACGCUGAUUGCUGAUCUCUUCUUGAUCUCUAUCUCGGACUCUGUCUACGAUUCCCGGGCUCGAGUCCUCCUCAAGACGGUCGGAAAGCACUUGGGCCUGGACUGGGACGAGAUUGUGCUCUUUGAAAAGGGGGUCAUGAAGCAACUGCAGCAGCAGCAGGCAACCACCAGCGACGGACUCUUGAAACCCGACAUCAAAUCUAGAAACGACGAGUCACGGAAACGCAGGAUGAUCAUGAUGGGUCUGGCCACUGUCGGUGGGGGACUGGUCCUGGGACUUUCAGCAGGUCUGUUUGCUCCCGUUAUUGGGGCCGGCAUAGGAGCUGCUUUGGCCGGAGCACACAUCACUGGAGCGACAGCAACGGCGGCCUCGGCGUUCUUGGCGGGCAGUGGUGGUAUUGCGGUGAUUACCAGCGGAGCAGCUGUGACGGGGUCAGGAUUGGCGAUGAAGAAGAUGGCCAGGAGGACAGCAGGAAUUGACACGUUCGAGUUUUUGACCAUCCACGAUCAUAAGAGGGCUAAUGUCAUCUUGACCAUCUCGGGAUGGCUUGACAUUGGAGACGAGGAUGCUUCCCUUCCCUUCUCGACUCUGGAUCCAAUCAACGGAGAUCAAUUUGCCCUCUUCUGGGAACCAGAGAUGCUCAUGCAGCUGGGCAAUGCACUGGGAUUGUUGGCGACGGAGGUGAUUACAUUGACGGCGCAGGAGAUCUUGAAGCACACGUUGCUCCAAGCACUACUCUCGGCUCUGGCAUGGCCCAUGGCGCUGACAAGGCUGGGUUAUCUGAUCGACAACCCCUGGAGUAUCGCAUUGGACCGCGCCAAGCUUGCCGGCCUUGUCUUGGCAGAUUCACUCCUCAUGCGGUCCUACCUCGGCUUCCGACCCGUCACUCUUGUGGGAUACAGCUUGGGUGCCCGUGUGAUCUUUUACUGCUUACUGGAAUUGGGACGCCUGGACGCAUUUGGAAUCGUUGAGGACGCUUAUCUUUUUGGCGCGCCCAUCACGGCCUCCGAUAACCAAUGGCGCCAGGCACGCAGCGCUGUCGCCGGCGAUUUCGUCAAUGGUUACCUCCGUAACGACUGGGUCCUCGGCUUUCUAUUCCGCGCCACCACAGGAGGACUUGGCACCGUCGCCGGACUGCGACCCAUCAAGAACGUCCCCGGUCUGACCAACAUGGACUUGACAACCCAUGUCGAGGGCCACCUGGACUACCGCGUCAAAAUCCCCGUGUUGAUGAAACUCAUGGGUCUGAAGAUCACCUCAGAAUCCUUCCUUGACAAGGAGGAAGCCAUCCUGCACCAAAGGACUCUCAAGAUCAACCCGAAUGAGACCCUGAAGGCUCCAAAACCGAUGAUGCCGUCCAAGGCCGAGUUGGCGAAAUCCGGAGCCUUGACCGAGAAUGAAAAGAUGCAGCUCGAGGUUGCCUUCCGACGACAGGCACCCUUGGCCAAGAUACCCGACCUGGAUUCGAUCAAGGGUCUGACACCGGAAGAGAAGGAGGCUCUGAGGGAGGCGCUUUCGAGUGCACAGGCUGCUCAAGGCUCUCAAUCACCUAUUGCUGAGACGGACUUCCGGCGACGGUAG